AAAGAGUUAAAUGAUUCACUGACAAAGUAGCCAAAGUGAAAGUCAGACGUAUCUGUGCAAUGUGGAGGUUUGGAAGCUGUGAUCAGACUGCUCUCCAAACAGUGAGCCGCUUCGACCAGAAGGAGAGGAAGGGACGGAGGAGGAGACAAAGCGGUGGCCCGGUGAAGCCGCUGCCGAGGGAGACAGACUCGGGGCGGGCUGGGGGACCUUGGUGGAGCCGAUCUUUUGUAUCCAGCUGUGCUGUACCUCAGCUGGCUGAGACUGUUCAACUAUCACUGCCAUUAUUGACUGAAGCUGCUUUAGUAACACCACACACACACACAGGUCCUAAAGGAAAUUUAUUGCAGUCACCCCCGAGCACCGGAAAGACAAAAAUGCGUUCUGAUUCCCCCCAUUCCUCAGUUAAUGCAACUCCAAAUCCCAAAUGCCCGGCAAAGAGAAGAAGAAUUUCUUUCCAGAGCAUAUUUAAUGGCAAAUCCAAAGCAAAGGAGAAGCAGGAAGUAUCUGUUGCCAGCAUCGAAAGCAUCCACAUUGAAGUGGCAGAGACUGAAAAGAAACUGCACGCGUCUGACAGCCGGACGACAUUAACAUCUUCAGAUUCAGCAAGGAAGGUGUUGUCCGGCUUUCUGGAAUGCCCCCUCUGUUUAGUGCGUCAUCCGCAGGAGAAUGUGCCCGAAAUUAUGACAUGCCACCACCGUUCCUGCCUUGACUGUUUGCGCCAGUACCUGCGCAUCGAAAUCACAGAGAGCCGCGUGAAUAUCAGCUGCCCUGAGUGCUCGGAGCGGCUAAAUCCGUAUGAUAUCCGGAUGAUACUGAAUGAUCAGGCGCUGAUGGAGAAAUAUGAGGAGUUUAUGUUACGUCGGUACCUGGCUUCUGACCCAGACUGUCGAUGGUGUCCAGCCCCAGACUGUGGGUAUGUGUGUGUUCCUGUUUAAAAAAGACAAUCUGUUUACUGAC